AUGAGGCAAUUUGUGAAUAAUCUAGGUAGCAUACGUCUCCGGUUUCGUGAAAUUCUCAAUGCUACAUUUACCCUGGUUUUUAUCGCCCUCUUUUACACCCAGUUCAAUAUAUCGAAGAAAGUUCCAUUUCGCGAUGCUCAAUGGAGUUCAAGAGGUAGGUCUACGAUUGAACUAAAUGCAAACUCAUCAACUCUAACAAAUACUAGCCCUGGAAUCUGUACUGGAUUGGUGGAUCAUCAGGGUUAUCCAAGCAGCUGUGAGUUCUUAAAAGCGAAUCCAGAUUGUUCAUCUGAUGGACUUUUUGACUACUUAAACUUCUACUAUUGCGACUGCAAUGAAGGUGCAUUCGGUGCUAUACUUUUGGUUCUAUGGCUCAUAGCAUUGUUCUACCUUUUGGGUAACACAGCAGCAGAUUACUUCUGUUUCUCCUUACAAAAGCUUUCAAGUCUCUUGAAUUUAUCUCCAACUGUUGCUGGGGUUACUCUUCUUCCUCUUGGUAAUGGAGCCCCUGAUGUAUUUGCAAGUAUUGCAGCUUUUGUGGGACGUGACAAUGGUGAAGUAGGUCUCAACAGUGUCUUAGGAGGUGCAGUAUUUGUCACUUCCAUUGUUGUUGGAAUCGUCUCUCUUUGUGUAGCAGAUCAACAAGUCCAAAUUGACAAAAAAGCAUUUCUCAGAGAUAUUGGUUUCUUCCUCUUCACACUACUCUUCCUUUUCUUGAUUCUAAUCAUUGGUAAAGUUACAGUCUUUGCUGCAAUUGCAUUCGUCUCCAUAUACAUAAUAUACGCUGUUUUCAUCGCCACAAAUGAAAUCCUUAAAAAACAUGUUCAGAGGCUAAAAUUGGAUUCUGUCACACCAUUGCUUCCACUUAGUAUCUUUUCAAGAUCGAAUCAAGAUGAUGACAUACAAACUUCUUUACUUGAUGCUGAAACGGAUUUCAAUGGUCCACAGUUACCCAAUUCUUUACCUGAAUGGAUGUGGGCUUCCAAUGUUGCAAUAUAUUCAAAUCAAGAAAGACAUUUAUGGGGAUGGCAUGAUGAUGCCAUCGAGGUUGACCAACCAUGGUUCUCUUUAACUAACAUAUGGUCACUUCUCAACUUCCCGUUGACUUUUCCAAGAAGGUUGACCAUUCCAUUACUCGAAGAGGAAACAUGGUCAAAACCAUAUGCGGUUGCAAGUGCUUCAUUGUCCCCUAUUCUUCUUUCUUUCAUAUACAACACCCAAGACAGUUUAACUUCUCGAAGCAAGAAUGUUGUUUACAUUCUUGGAGUAAUUGUCGGUUCUACCCUUGGUAUCUUAUCAUAUCUCUACACAAGGCCAGAUCAUCCGCCACGUAGGUACCAAUUCCCAUGGGUUUUGGGUGGGUUUCUUAUGAGUAUAGUUUGGUUCUACAUGAUUGCAAACGAAUUAGUCGCGUUAUUAGUUGGAUUUGGUGUGUUUUUACAAGUGAACCCUUCGAUUCUUGGACUUACAGUAUUGGCUUGGGGGAAUUCAAUGGGGGAUUUGGUGUCAAAUGUUGCAUUGGCUUUAGAUGGUGGGGAUGGAAUUCAGAUUGCUUUAUCGGGUUGCUAUGCGGGUCCCAUGUUCAAUACACUUGCGGGUUUGGGAGUUUCAUUGUUGAUUGGGGCGUGGUCUGAAAAACCUGUGUCAUAUAGUGUUCCACAAGAUAACAGUCUUUAUUACACGAUGGGGUUUCUGAUUUUAGGGCUUGUUUGGGCUGUUUUUGUACUUUUGAGAAAUGAUAUGAGGCCUAAUAGAAUGUUGGGAACAGGUCUUGUUGGGAUUUAUUUGGUUUUUUUGUUUGUAAGGUUGACUGGUGCAAUGGGGAUUGUAUCAUUGGCUGGUUUAAGUAAAUUGUAG